AUGGACGGCUAUGACCCUUACUACCACGAGACGAAGAAGGCGUACAAUCAAAUUGAAAGCGUUCGGCUCCUGUCUGAGUUCGGUGUUGGAUUCGUGAUGUGGUGUCCUUGCGGCGAUGCUCUGGCGGAGCAAUUCUUGGAAGGAGAGAAGUACUGGAUGUGCGAGAAAUGGGAUACUGCGGUUACAAAGGAAAUCGAGAGGUUGAAGGAGCAAAACGAAAUUCGUGAGAAGAAAGUUAAAGUCCUUGGAAUUCAGCUAGAAGAGACGCAGAAGAAAUUGGGGAAAGAGAUUGAGUCGAGGGCAAAUGUUGUUAGAGAAGUGUACGACAUGAUCAUGGAUGUUGUUUGCGGGUGCGAUGAAUGCAAGAGUAAGGUGAAGACUGCGUUGAAUAUGCAUUUGUAA